AUGACUAAUUCGAAUUUUGAAGAUUUAUCAAUCAACAAAGAGGGGGAAGAAGAUGAAUUUUGUUUUGAUGUAGAAGAAGGAGAGGAUGGGGUAGACCUAAGAUGGUGUCUUAUCAAUCGAUUCUUGGGGGACAAACCUAUCCAUGUGAAAUCAAUGAAAGUGAUAAUAUCAGAUAUGUGGAGACCAGUUAAAGAAGUUAUCAUCAAACAAGCUAUGAAGGGAUUAUUUUUGUUCCAUUUUUCGCAUAACCUCGACAUGGAGGCAGCGUUGAAAGGUGGUCCAUGGACUUUCGAUAAUCAUCUUCUUAUUCUUGAGAAAGUUAAGGUUGGAAUAUAG